GUCCAAACAGUUGAGUCUCGACAUCGACAGCAUUCGCGCGCGCCCUCCCAAAAGUAGCUCGAGAAACGUCCAAGGAACAUCCAAGAUAUUUUGGCAAAUUAUACGGAAAUUUUCGCCAAAUUUACUUGACUUCAAAUAGGCAGCAUGUCUGAGGCAGCAGCAAAUGGUAGCAGCCCCUCGCCCGCUCCCGAGGCACCCGUGGCAGAGUUGGCCCAACUGGCACUCGAGGAGGAGGCACCCAAAGUGACGUUCUCGGAUCAGUUCAAGGCCUUCUCCAAGUUCGGGGACACCAAGUCGGAUGGGAAGCUGAUUACGCUCUCGCAGAGCGACAAGUGGAUGAAGCAGGCGAAGGUGAUCGACAAGAAGAUCACCACCACGGACACGGGCAUCCACUUCAAGAAGUUCAAGGCCCUGAAGAUCUCGCUCACGGACUACAACAAAUUCCUCGACGAUCUGGCCAAGACGCGGAAGGUGGAGCUGGCGGAGAUCAAGCAGAAGAUGGCCGGCUGUGGGGCUCCGGGUGUGGCACAGGUUUCGGCUGGCAAGGCUGCGGCUGCCGUGGAUCGGCUGACGGACACCAGCAAGUACACGGGCUCCCACAAGGAGCGCUUCGAUGCCACCGGCAAGGGCAAGGGCAUUGCCGGCAGACGCAAUGUGGUCGAUGGCUCCGGAUACGUGAGUGGCUAUCAGCACAAGGACACCUACGAUGGAGCCCACUAAGGGACACACCCACCAAUUCCCUUCCCUCCCUCCCGUCUCUGUCUCUAGUUUAUCCCCUCAACUUUUAAUUUCUAAUUCCCAAUGGUAGCUGCAACUAUUUAUCGUUUAUCCCUUUUUGUAUAUAAUAUAAGUUGUGAUAAUUUAAGUGCUUA